AUGGACGACAUGUCUAGAGCCGUCGAAGAGACCUUGAAAGAGAGCAUACCUCCAUUAGGAUCUUGUAAUCUGCCAAAGGAAAAGCUUGGUGUAAGGAAUGAAGCCUGGUCCGAGAUCAAUAUUCAUGAUAUUUGGCUCUCUCUACAAAAUUAUUUUGCCUCCGCCCCUGCUUGGAGCGUGACAAAACGGUAUAUAUUAGAGCACACCCUAUCCGGUGUUGAAACCAAUGAUAAUAUCUCUCCUUUUCGGUCAUUAGUGAACUGGAACAUCUAUGGUCGCUGUCUGUGCUUGGCAAGCAGUCCUCCUCGAUGGGUCGUGUCCACUUUCUCUCCUAUUGAGGACAUGCAUGAUUAG